AAGGAGGAAAAAAAAACCGAGAGCACGCAGCGUCUGUGACUGCGCCGGUGGAGCACGCCAAUCUUUAAGUUUAGAUAAGACGCACACAUGCCAUGAGCCGGACUUGAGCCUGCAAAAAAAACAAAAAAAGCCGGGGGAGAAAAACGACAGCAAGCCGGAGCAGCAGCAGCGGCGGCAGCAGCGGCGGCGGCGACAGAGAUCCGAUGAGAAAGAGUGAGCUGCUGCGGUGGAUUGUCCAAAGGGGCAGCGUUCCUCCAGUUCCGGUUUGAUCUGUCUGCCUGUGUGUGCGCGCCGUGUGCGAGUCGGGACCCCAAACAAAAGGCUGCCAUCACCCUCACGGAGAUCUUUCACGGCCGUGCGAGCGAGAGAGCGCGAGAAAGAGGGAACGAGAGAGAGAGAGAGAGAGAGAGAGAGAGAGAGAGAGAGGCGCACCGCUGGAUGCAAAAACAAACAUGAGCUCCUAUUUUGUCAACCCUCUUUUCUCCAAGUACAAAGGCGGCGAGUCCCUGGAGCCAACUUACUACGACUGCAGGUUCCCACAGAGCGUCGCCCGCAGCCACACGCUGGUCUACGGACCCGGAGCGAGCGCGCCGGGCUUCCAGCACCCGUCCCACCAUGUGCAGGACUUUUUCCACCACGGCACCACGGGCAUCUCCAACCCGGGAUACCAGCAGAACCCGUGCGCCCUGGCGUGCCACGGCGACGCGGGCAAAUUUUACGGAUACGAAGCGCUGCCGAGGCAAACGCUUUACGGCAGCCAGCAAGAGGCGAGCCUCGCGCAGUACCCGGACUGUAAAUCGUCGGGAGGCUCGAACCCCGGAGAAGGACAAGGCCACUUGAAUCAAAGCUCCUCUCCCAGCCUUAUGUUCCCAUGGAUGAGACCCCACGCCCCAGGGCGGCGCAACGGCAGGCAAACCUACAGCCGCUACCAGACUCUGGAACUGGAGAAGGAGUUCCUCUUCAACCCUUACCUGACCCGCAAGAGGAGGAUCGAGGUGUCGCACGCCCUGAGCCUGACCGAGCGACAGGUGAAGAUCUGGUUCCAGAACCGGCGGAUGAAGUGGAAAAAGGAGAACAACAAGGACAAGUUUCCGGGUCAGAGGGGAGAGGCCGAGGCCGAGGAGGAGGGCAACGAGGACGGUGAAGGGGAAGAGGGGGAAGAGAAGGAAGCGGAAGAGAGAGAGGAGACCAAGGAGUGAUUUUAUGGUCCUUUUUAUGGUUAUAUGGCUGAAAAAGAGAAAGAAAAAAAAAAAAAAACGAGAGAAAGGUCUCAUCGCAAGCGCGUCAUCUUUAUGACCACCCUUUCAUUUUGUCAAGUGGGAACAGGAAUCCCAGCAAUAUUCCUGUCAUCAAUAGGCACAUUACUCCUCGGUCGGCCAAAAGGGAAUGCUCAUUUUCUUUACAAAAAACAACAAAAAAAAGGAAAAAAGUAGAGGCUACGUUUUGUUUGAUAUAUUACAACUGCUGCCCUUGCAAAAAAAAUAAAAAAAAAGAAACAAAAUGCAUGUUAAAUGAUUAGAAACUGGGCCUAGCUAUUUUUUUUUUGGGGGGGGGGGGGGGGGACAACUGCAUCACAAUCAGUAGACAACCACGAUGCGAUCUGUAAAUACACACACACACACACACACACACACAAAAAAAGAGGAGACCACUUUUAGUGGAGUGUUCAAGUCGUCAUCGCAGCAGUUUGUACAAACAACCCACUUUUGUUGUUAUGCUAAUUAUUAUGAUUAUUGUCAUUGUUACCGUUUCCACAUGAAUGGCGUCAAAACAGCCACGAGCUCCUCACGCGCGUGAAUUCUGGAGGAGGACCAGGGAAUUGCAAUCGUUUGAAAUCCUUUGAUGCUACCUAAACCUGGGGAUAAUUGCAAUAGAGAUUUCGGAAUAAUAGAGAUUUCAGACGGUUUUUCAUUUGAAAGUGUUAUAUAUAUACACACACACACACACACACACACACACAACAAUCUUCUUUCUAUAUUAUGUAUGUAGCAUUUACCCAAUACUUGUUGAAGACAAUUAUUUGAGUCUUGGGAAGACAAUUAGCUCGAAGCCAAGCAAAGCAAUUAAGAGAUGUUUUUCUUUUUCUUUGAUAUAUAUAUAUAUAUAUAUAUAUAUAUAUACAUAUAUGUAUAUAUAUGUGUGUAUAUAUAGCGGGCACUACCUAAACUUCCGAGCCACGAUGCCUCGUGCAGAAUCCACAGUUCCACUCGAGAUGGUGGCGCGGCUCUGGAAGAAUAACAAACUGUUUCCCCAACAACUAAAACUGCCUAUCGAACGCACAUUGACUGGGCGUAUACCUGAAACAAUUACAGCGAGUUUCUUUUUGAUUUGAACGUGCUGGUGAAAUAGAGUAGCUUUUGUUUGUUUUUUUAAAAAUUUUUCAUUAUUAUGAUUUAUUAUUAUUAUUAUUAUUUUUUGCACUGAAUAUAACCUUUAUGUACGUCUUGUUAUAUAUUGAUGUUAACAAUUAUGCUCGUUUCCUGGUGUUGCUCCUGUGAAAGACGCCAUUGUUGAUGUAAAGUCACAAAUAAAAAGAUGAUGGCUCACAA